CUUAUCUCUUUCCUCUGUGGGAGAUUCUGGUUUUGCCCAACAUAGUGACAAAAAGGAAAACGCAGUCCACACACACACACACCAACUCACACUGGAAAAAAAAAACAAGAGAGAGAGAGAGAAGAGACAAAAUUUGAAGUUUGAAGUGAAGAAACAAUUUCAUUUUGCGGCGACGAAUUCGAAUUUUCCGAUCGAUCAUGCCGUCCGGUGCGAAGAAAAGAAAGGCGUUGAAGAAGAAGAAGCAACAGGAAGCGAUUGGAACAAGUAUCAACGGAAAUGAUGAACAUGGAAGCCAAGAUGGGAGGGGAAGUGAUAGCAGUUUGAGUUCUCCUGGUUCUCAAGGAAAUCAAGAAUUUGGGACUAAAGAUUCAUCUGCUCUUCUAUCUUCUGCUGUGGUGAAAGGUGCUUCUAAAGAGAUAUCUAGAGAUGCAGGUGUUACUCAGGGACUAGGACCCAAAACUGGCAAUGCUAUUGUGGAAAAAUCAACUAACUCCUCUUCUGAUAACCGUACUCGCCCCGCCAAAAAUGUAGCUUGUGGUAAUUCAGUUACAGAAAUCACUCCAGUUGUUGAUUCUGUUAAACCUGUGGUUUCUAUCUCCAAAACAGUGACUUCUGAAAAGAGUGGGCUUGUUGAGACCUCAACACACUCAAAUUUGGUCAAAAAGAAGUCUGAGAAAGAUGAAGAGUAUCAUCCGUCUCCGGUAUUGGAAAACAAUAAUAGUAAGGUGGUUAUGCUUCCAAGAUCUGCUCCUGAAACAAGCAAAAAAGUAGAGAGCGUAAGAAAAUCUGAAGUUCCAGUAUCCCCUGAGGAAAAGCCUCUUUUGCUACCUGGUCCACCAGUCGUCCGAAGGACUUCAUGGCUAAGCUGCUGCGGUUUGUUUGAUGCUAUGACUGGAUCUGAUAGAUAAACACAGAUGAGCUGGAGCUAGAUAAAGGUGGAUGCGCUUGACAGUCAAAACUCAAAGACAACCGAAAAUUAGGAGUCAUGGUCUGUAUACUCUUCUCUGUACAUUAUAUCUUCGAUAGAUAAUAAUGUGGGCGGCUUUUAGCAACGUACGAGCAAGACCAAAUAUGCAAAACAGGGUAAACUUUCUUUUUAUUCUUUGAAAUACAAUCUUCUUUUGUUCAUCAAAUGGAUUUUAGAACAUGAGAUUAUUCUUUGAAAUACAUUCUUAGUUUUUCUAUCUAUUAUCAUCUUUCUGUAGUUCGUUAGAUUAUAUAUAGAGGGAUGACCGGAACC